AUGUACACAUCCUUUAUCACUACUUUUGUCUCAACUUUAUCUGUCAGGAUGGGCGAGAGGGACUCCCUGAUAACAACAAGAGUUCUGCAGGACGAAGCUAUUCACAGCUCCCAGGAAACGCAUGCUUGGACUAGGGACCGUGAGUCUAGAACUGUUAUGGUCCUGGUUGCAGAAGCCCAUCGUGCAGACAGACCGGGAGGUCUCCACUUUGCACUACACUUGAGUCCAGGCGUAUCACAGGGCAUGCACUACUGGCCAAGUUUCAGCAGAUAUGCCUAA